AUGGCCAGGAAACGACGCACUGAUCGAUGGCAAAUUCCUCCCUAUUGGUUGGAUAGAUUGACCGCCAACGGCACGCCAUGUCGACUGACGUCGGAUUCGACCAUCCUCGAGGCCGUCGAGUGUGCGCUCGCCUUCACCAUACUAGAACAGGCCUAUCUCCAGCAUGCACGCAUCCCGUUGAUCACACAUCAAACAUGGCGAAGCCUGAAUACCGAAUCGUGGAGUGACGCCAUCCGAGCAGGUGUUGAGCGGUGGCUCGAGUUCGCUAAGGGUGAGGCCGACAUCGACGGACCGGAGAUGGCUUGGUUCCUGUGGGACGAUGAUGGCAUCGACAUGCUCACCAAGAGCUUUGCCGCGGAUAUUUACGAGGAUGUUCAGCGGCUACCGUAUCCGGUUGAGAAAGCGGACGUGUUCCGAGUGCUGGUGGUGAAGUGGUUUGGUGGUAUAUACGCUGAUGUUGACGCGACCCCUCUCAAGCACCCUUUCGGCUGGGUGCUGGAUUCAGACAUUACACCGUGGACGGACGCAUCGUCCAGCACUGAGAUGACUUUGCACAUGCCGUCUUCACACGAGACAGCGCUACCUGGAAACGCCACAUCCACCUACGAGGCCUUGCUUGCGAGUGCAGAUCUACCAAGUCGAUCGAAGCCCUCCGUCCACGCCAUCUUCGGCAUCGAAGCAGACAACCCACCCGAACCCGACCCGACUUACUGGCGCAUGGGCUACUCCCACCCUGUUCAAGUCACGAAUUGGGCCCUUGCUAUGGCUCCUCAUCAUGCCGUCGCUGACCAAUUCCUCAACACACUUAUCGAAGACAUCCGUCAGAAUAGCGGUAACCUGCUCGCCAUCGACCCCCUCGACAUCACAGGCCCACCAGCCCUAACCAGAGCCAUCCAAGCCGUCGCUCACCGCGAAAAUCCCUCUCUAUCCUGGGACUCCCUCUCCGCUAACGGCGACCCCAUCGGUGGCCGGGGCAAAAUCGUCGCUGGAGACGCUCUCGUGCUUCCCAUCACGGGCUUCAACCCAGGCAGAGGCUGGUUUCAGAACAUGGGAAGUAAAAGUAUUGAGCACCCGAACGCUCGGCUCUGGCAUGCGGCGGCGGGUAGCUGGCGGAAGAUGGAUUUGAAGGUGCAGGUGGGGAAGCUUUGUCGGUCGACGUUGGGGUUUUGUAGGGGGUGGAGGAAGAUACCUGGUUGA